AUGGGUGUUUCUAGAUCUCGCAGCAAGUGUUCUACUGUGGGUAUUCAGGGCAUUGCUUGGGCCUUUGGUGGUAGCAUCUUUGCCCUUGUUUACUCCACUGCUGGUAUCUCAGGUGGUCACAUAAACCCAGCCGUGACAUUUGGUCUCUUCCUAGCAAGGAAGCUCUCCCUGACCAGAGCUGUAUUCUAUAUAGUCAUGCAAACCCUAGGGGCAAUUGUUGGUGCUGGGGUGGUGAAGGGGUUCCAAAAGAACCAGUAUGAGUUGCUGGGAGGUGGAGCUAAUGUGGUGAACCAUGGCUAUACCAAGGGUGAUGGCCUUGGUGCUGAGAUUGUUGGCACUUUCGUUCUUGUGUACACUGUUUUCUCUGCCACUGAUGCCAAGAGAAAUGCUAGAGACUCUCAUGUCCCUAUCUUGGCUCCACUUCCCAUCGGGUUUGCAGUGUUCUUGGUGCACUUGGCAACCAUCCCCAUCACCGGAACCGGCAUCAACCCUGCUAGGAGCCUUGGGGCUGCCAUCAUCUACAACAAGGACCGUGCAUGGAAUGAUCAUUGGAUCUUCUGGGUGGGGCCGUUCAUCGGAGCUGCACUUGCCGCCCUCUACCAUCAGAUAGUCAUCAGAGCCAUCCCAUUCAAGACCAGGGAUUGA